GGUUGCCUACAGCAAAGAACUGGGAACAGGAGCAAGACAGCCUUAGCCGCUGGCAGAGCAAACAGCAUGGAUCCGAUAGCUUCAGCAGGACCCAUGGACAAUUCCGUGUUUGUGCGGGCACCCCACAACAGCUAUCCUGCGACCCAAGAAGGCAUGUGUCAGGUGGCCCUGUAUCCAAGCAACCAGCCCCAAGUACACCUACUUCCUGUGAACCCACCGGGUUUGAAACCAUCUGUGAGUGAGCAACCUGUCCGGAGAGCUUUGAAGGAGGGCAAAGCCUUAGGGGCCAUCCAGAUCCUGAUUGGCCUGAUACACAUCAGCCUCGGUUCCAUCAUGGCCACUGUACUCUCUGGACACUAUGCAGCUAUCUCACUCUAUGGAGGCUUUCCCUUCUGGGGAGGCAUCUGGUUCAUUGUUUCAGGAUCCCUCUCAGUGUCAGCAGAAAAUCAGCCAAAAUCUUCUUGCCUGCUGAAUGGCAGCUUGGGCUUGAACACCGUCAGUGCAAUCUGUUCUGUGGUUGGAAUCAUACUCUUCAUCAUGGAUAUGAGUCUCGCCCCCACCUAUGCCUACUCUCUCUCUUAUUCCCACUAUGCCACCUGGGGUGUGACCCCUGGCAUGGCUAUUUCUGGUGUGCUGCUCAUCUUCUGCCUCCUGGAGUUCUGCGUAGCAUGUGCAUCUUCCCACUUUGGCUGCCAACUGGUCUGCUGUCAGCACAACUACGUGGGUGUGGUCCUCCCGAAUAUCUGUGUGGCAAAUCCAGGGGUCAUCCCAGAACCAGUGAACUUGCCACCAACUUAUUUCAACGAGGUCCAGGGCUCCAGAUAAGCAAAGCCAAAGCUUCUAGAAGCAUCUUUCAGAGACCAAAAGAAGACCUCCCCUUUCUGGGCUUCUGAAACCCAGGAUCCCCCUUCCUUGACAAUCUAAGGGAAAUGUUUCUCUAACUGCAUGCAUUUUGACUUCAUUCAAUUCAGCAUGGUAAAUCUUGCAGUUCCUCUAUUAAAAAGGAGACAGAAAUUUAAAGUGGAUUUUAACCAAGAGAUCCUCCCUAGGGCCUUUGUGCCUGGGGCCUAGUGUGCUUCCCUGUGUGAGCUCAUGGGUUGGAAGUUCCAAUGUCUAGACAACCGAACCUUCAUUCUUUCAAUCGUUCGUUUGUUGAUUAAAUAUGUAUUGAGCAUUUGGUAUGUUCAAGGAAGUUUAACAUUGGGGAACACAACAAAGUCCCUGACUUCAAGGAACUUCUGGCCUCACAGAGGAGACAAUAACGCAAGCAAUUUUCUCUAACACAGGGCAGAAUGUGGGGAUGCACAGAGAGGGCUAUGAUUUAUUCUGACAGUGAUAGGGAAAGCAGAGAACAAGACUGGUUGAGGAAGCAACACUUGAGUGGGGCAUUAAAGGGGAUUUUUGAGUGCAAUAAGGAACCACACUGUUGGAGAGAUCUUGGGACAGAGUGAGUCAUCCACUACCAUGACUAAUCCUUUUAUAAGUCCUUUUAUAAACAAAAGUACUGCUGUAUCCACCAAUGUAGCAGUACUUGUGAAUAAACAUUGUCUUAAGAUAAGGUAUCUCCCAAAGUUAUGAGGCUAAUAUAUCUUUAUUUAUAAAAGGAUAGAGACUAAUUCAAAGAGAAAUGGCUAUGUCUAUAACUUCUAGAUCUACCCACAUUAAUUUAAAUAUUGUUAUACGUGAUGGCAAUUGGCUUCAAAAAGUUUAUAUGCUGGCAGAUAAUAGCAAAAAUCUCUGACAUCCAGGUGCCAUCAAAUUUCCCUUCACUACAGAAGCCCUGCAAGGAUUCUUUGUUGUUGUCACUAAAUACAGAACAUGAUUUUUAGCCUCUGACUAAAAGAAGAAACUUCUCCAAGAAGUUUCUUCUAAAUGGCUUGCAGUUUAGAGUUCCAUCUCCUGGGUGGCUCAGUCGUUGAGCGUCAGCCUUCGGCUCGGGUCGUGGUCCCAGGGUCCUGGGAUC